AUGAAAAAUGUUUAUUUGAGAGUAUUUAUUCAACUCACUUAUUUUAUAAUGGUACUUAUUAUAAAAAUACUUAAUGACAAUACAGAAUACUUUUAGGUUGUAUUUAGCAUCCUGUUGACACUAUUAUCAUUACCAUUAAACAGAUAUAUUUAAAAUUAUUCUGAGCAUUCAUAAUUAAUAUGCAAAUCCUUAUGGUAAGUUCUGAAUCUUUUUUGCUUAGGGAGUGUUGAUAUGGGUUUAAAAAAUGAUGGAUUUCUCAGUAGAUUUUAAUAUUUUUGGCUUGGUCUUACUAUUCAAUUGGAUGUUGAUACAAUAUUACCUCAUAAAAUAGUUAGAGUAGGUUUUCUUGUUGUUGUUAUUGCUUCAGUCAAUCUUACUACAUUUUUUUUAAUUCUCGAUUCUUCAUAACUUGGAUUGAUUUGUGGAGAAAUACUUUAUGCUCUUAUUUUAAUAUAUUAGCUAUUUGUAGAAAAGACAAUGAAGAAUUAACACAAACAAUAAACUUCAAAAAAACCCAGUUCUCGUAGUUUUACAGAAAAAUUAGAUAGUCCUUAAGCAUAAAUUUUAGAUGAGGAAUCAAAUCAUGUUUAAAUAUUGUCUUUAGGUCAAUAACUACAUCAUUAGUAAUUACCUUAAAGAGAAGCAUCUAUUAGAGAAUAAAUAGAGUACUAAAAUAGUUUUUAUAAAACUCUUUUUAAUUAAUUUCCUGAAGGAAUAAUAAUAAUUAAUGAUUAAAAUAAAAUUGAAUAUCAUAAUAAUUAAGUAAGAACUUUAUUAGGAAGAAAACCUAUUUCUGAAGAUCUUAUUCCAAAAAGACUAUAUGAAUUGAAGAAUUAUUCUUCUAAAUUUUAAUUUGGUGAACAAGCAUAAUUUGAUAAAAUGUUUGCAGCAUUAAAUAAAAAAUUAAAAAGUAAUUCUCAUGAAUUUGAAUAAUAAUUAAAUGAAGAAAACUCUUUAAUUAAAGAUUGUUUUGUUCCAUUGGAGGAGUAAACUUAUUAUAACUAUUAUGAAUAUGAAUUAAGUAAAGCAGAAACAUUAAGUCAAGAAAUAGAGAAAGCUUUAAUAGAUAGGACUGGUACACCAUCACCUUAUUAAAGAUAAUUAUCUUGUCAUUCUUAAAGAACAUAGAAGGGAUAAGAUAAAAUUAAAUUUGGAAGAGAAGUGAAAAUGUUAUGUAUGAUUGAAGAAUCUAAAGAAGAAGUUCCUAAAGAAAUACAUGAAGAAUAAUCUGAGGAUGAAGACUCUGCUGGUUUGCUAAUUUAAAUAACUAUUAAGGGUUACACAUAUGAAAGUAAAAGAAAUGUUUUGUUAAUGAUUAGAGAUGUGUCUCUAUUUAAUUAGUAUAAAGUAUUAUAGCAACAAAAUUCAAAUAAAUCUAAAAUGUUAUCUUAUGUUGCACAUGAAUUGAGAAAUCCUUUAGGUGCUAUAUGUGCAAUAAGUGCUUAAUUAUUGUAGAAAUACUCAUAAGAUAAGGAAACGAGUAAGAAGUAAUAAUUAUAUAUAAAUAAUUAGAUACUUGAAACCAUUAAAGAGUUCAGCAGAAUCAAUUUAGAGAUUGGCAAAUGAUUUAUUGGAUUUAGCAUAAUUAAAGGCUGGAAAAUUUAAGUUAACUUUUUAAGAGUUUGCGAUAAAGAAUUUAAUAUUUGAUGCAAUAGCAAUGAUGACUUUUACUGUUGGGGCAAAGAAUUUAUAAUUGAGUUUGAAGUAUGAUAAAAAGAUACCAAAUUUAAUAAAAUCUGAUUAAUAGAGAAUUUAAUAGAUAAUAUUGAAUUUGAUAAAUAAUUCAACAAAGUUUACAAAGUCAGGAGGGAUAAAAGUGGAAGCUAAGUUAUUGUAGCCAAAAUUGAUAGAGAUAUCAGUAGAGGAUACAGGAGUUGGUCUAUAACCUGAGGAUAUAAAGAAAUUAUUUUAACCUUUUGGUAAAUUGGAGGAUUCAAAGCAUUUAAAUACAUAAGGAGUAGGUUUGGGUUUGAUGAUAAGUAAUGUUUUGGCAUAGAAAUUAAGUGGAGGAGAUGUAGGAUUAUAGGUUGAAUCAAAAGGAUUGGGUUAAGGGACUAGAUUUGUAUUUAAAAUAUUAGAUUAAAAUGAGACGAAGAGUUCAGUACAUUGUUCUUAGGAUACAAAAUAUUUUGGUAGGAAGGAGAGUAAUUUAUCAAUAGUAAGAGUGUAGAAGAGAGAUUAAUUAACAUUAUAACCAAUGAGUGCAUCAAUAUUUAGAGCAAAGGUGAUAAGUGAAUAGAAGAUAGAAGAAAAUGAAAGUACAAUUUAUUAGUUUUAAUGUGAUGAUGAUAAUUUUUAAGAGGAUCCUAUUUAAGAAUCUUAUGAGAAUUGUGUUUGUCCACGAAUUUUAAUAGUAGAUGAUGAACCAAUAAAUUUAAUAGCUUUGGGUUACAUAUUGUAGAAUUUGAAGUAUAGAUUUAAAUAGGCAAAAAGUGGUUAGGAAGCUUUAGAUUAUUUGAAGGGAUGGUAAAGUACUUGUUGUAAUUGGAUAAGAUGUGUAAUAAUAGAUAUAUAGAUGCCAAUGAUGGAUGGUUACCAAACAUCGAAAUUAAUAAGAUUGAUGGAGAAAGAGAAAUAAAUAAGUAAAUGUACAAUAAUUGGUUACAGUGGGUAUUCUGAUGAAGAAACAAAAAAACAUGGUUAUGAAAGCGGAAUGGAUUAUUUCCUUACUAAACCAGUUCCUUAGGGAGAAUUAUAAACUUUAUUAAAUUAAUGUUGUUGA